GAUCGACACGGCGGCGGCGCAGGCGGGGCGGCGUGGGCGCUCAGAGCCGCUCCCAGCCCGAGGCGGCGCGGACGCCCGGACCCACAGCGCCAGGACACUAAAACAACCCUGAUUUCCUUCUCCGAGAUGCCCAAGGUUCCUCACGGCGGUUACCGAUAAGGAACUGAAAAGCGUGCCGCUGAAUCCGAGCUGAGGAGAUUCUCAACCAGUCCAUCAGCUCAGCACCGGCCUGCUUGACGCUGGCGAGCAGUGCCGCUGUCGUCACUGCUGGUGGCCUGGUGCGUGGUCGCCCACUGUCCAAACAGGACUCUGAAAAAUAUUUCUGAAAUUGGAGUUGGCCUACAAACUAGGAGCCCAUGUCUUUUCUUGUAAGUAAACCAGAGCGAAUUAGGCGGUGGGUCUCGGAAAAGUUCAUUGUUGAGGGCUUAAGAGAUUUGGAAUUAUUUGGAGAGCAGCCUCCGGGUGACGCUCGGAGAAAAUCAGGGAAAAAGGGUGACGGGGGAGGUUUCCAGCCAGCAGAAAAUGGAGCAGCCGCUUGCAAGGCGGCCAGCCAGACCAAUGAAGCGAGCUCAGAGUCGAUAGCGCCCUCCCCGAAACGGGCCGCCAUGAGCAGCUUCCUGCCGGAGGGAGGGUAUUACAAGUUGCUCACCAUCAUAGGCAAAGGGUUUGAGGAGCUGAUGACGGUGAACCUGGCCAGGUACAAGCCCUCCGGGGAGUACGUGACGGUCCGCAGGGUUAACCUCGAGGCCUGCACCAACGAGAUGGUCACGUUCCUGCAGGGGGAGCUUCACGUCUCCAAGCUCUUCAACCACCCCAACCUCGUGCCCUAUCGAGCCACCUUCAUCGCCGACAAUGAGCUGUGGGUGGUCACCUCCUUCAUGGCCUAUGGCUCAGCGAAGGAUCUGAUCGGCACGCACUUCACCGACGGCAUGAGCGAACUGGCCAUUGCCUACAUCCUGCAGGGGCUGCUGAAGGCACUGGACUACAUCCACCACAUGGGUUACGUGCACAGGAGCGUGAAGGCGAGCCACAUCCUGAUCUCGGUGGACGGGCGGGUGCACCUGGCGGGCCUGCGCAGCAGCCUCAGCAUGAUCAGCCACGGUCAGCGCCAGCGCGUCGUCCACGACUUCCCCAAGUACGGCGUCAAGGUCCUGCCCUGGCUCAGCCCCGAGGUCCUGCAGCAGAAUCUGCAAGGCUACGACGCCAAAUCGGACAUCUACAGCGUGGGGAUCACGGCCUGUGAGCUGGCCAACGGCCACGUCCCCUUCAAGGACAUGCCCGCCACCCAGAUGCUGCUGGAGAAGCUGAACGGGACGGUGCCCUGCCUGCUGGACACCACCACCAUCCCCGCCGAGGAGCUGACCAUCGACACGUCCCGCUCGGGAGCCAACUCGGGCCCGGGCGAGGGCCUGGCGGCCAGCGGCACCCGCACCUCCAAUGGGGACUCGCCCCUGCACCCGUACCACCGCACCUUCUCUCCCCAUUUCCACCAUUUUGUAGAGCUGUGUCUGCAGCGCAGCCCCGACCUGAGGCCAACCGCCAGCACCCUCCUGGGCCAUUCCUUCUUCAAACAGAUCAAGCGCCGCGCCUCCGAGGCCCUGCCGGAGCUGCUCCGUCCCGUCACCCCAAUCACCAGCUUCGAGGGCGGUAGUCAGCCCCAGGACCCCAGCGGCAUCUUCGGGCUGGUGUCCAGCCUGGAACAGCUGGACGUGGACGACUGGGAAUUCUGAGCCCCUCGGGGGUAGGGGAUCGGGGGGGUGGCCGGGCCUCUCCCUGGAAGGACCUCACGGGGGUCUGAUCCCUAGGACUAGCGUCUCGACCCCUCCCAGCGGGAAGCCGGCUGGCCGGGAAAGGACGGCUUGGCCAGGCGGCCGGACGCUCCCGGGGCAGGGCAGGGCCCUGCUCUUUCCUAUCCGGUGCGGCCAGGGGGCUGGGGAGGCCCCGGCAGGAACCCGAGGGUCGGCAGGAGCCCACACCGUGGCCCCCGCCGGCUGCCGCGGACUGGAUCCGAGGGGCGGUGAUCGAGUUCGGCCCACCUUUGCCCCUUGGGGCUGUGCCCUCUGGGCAACUGUUGGGGGGAGGUGGACCUGCCCAGGGGGAGCGUAAUGCUGCCCCGCUGCCGCUCUAGCCCGGAGCAGAGAGCGGCACCCGGUCCCUUCCAGGCCGGGACGGGGUGGCGGGGGGGAGAUGGGAAACGGACCCUCCUCGCCCCGCUGCAGUUGGGCCGGGGCCCUGUUUCAUCCAGCUGACGGGCAGGCUCGCGCCCAGGUGCUGUGGGGGGGGGGGGGUGUCUCCUCUGCCCGCCCCCACCCAGCCCCCUCCUCUCAAGCAAACUAAGAUCCCGAGACAUGUUUUCCCCGGACUCUCCCGCAGGCUGGACCCCCCCCCCGGCUCCAGAACAGAUUAAAGUUGCCAUUGGUAGAACCCGGC